ACCCGACAAGUGAAAUUUUUCAUAAUAUUGAGGAGAGACACAUGUGUUGAGUUGUAGUCUUUUAACAUCGUAUUUAAACAUGAAAAAAAUGACUUCAAAUAACGUUAAAGGUGCCGUAAAUGUGGGGCAUCUACUAGAAAAAUUAGAAACAGAAUAUAGCUUUAUAUCCAGUGUGCUUGACCGAGUGCCUCUCAUAUAUUCUCAAGAUACCGAAGAUGCAAGUGACGAAGACGAGAGUCAAAAGCAUGCAAACGCAGUUAUGAGCAAAUCAGGCAACGCAACCAGAGCAAACACAGUUGAAGAACUUCAAGAGAGAUUGGACGCCCUUAAAUCUAAAAGUAAGCCAGGCAUGAAGAAUUCCAUAAAAAAGAAGGACUUGGAAACCAAGCUGAGAAAUAAAAAGAAGAAGGAUGACAGAAAUUCUGGACCUCAUCGGCUGAAACGAUUGGAAAAGCUUGAAAGACGCAAACAUGAAAUGAGGAUGAAAUCCGCAGAGAGCAAACAUGAAAUGAGGAUGAAACCCUCAGAAAAAAGACCACCUGAACAAAAACCUUCCAAGCCAGUUUAUAAUAGUGAAGGGAAAAUGGUCUUUAGCAAAUUUGACUUUUCAGAUGUAGGUUCAGUCAAUGACUUAAAGAAAAAGAAAAAAGAGACAAAGGAUCCGAAAAAAAUACUUGAAAAGUUGAAAGAGAAAAAAGAAACCCUCAAGAAGUUGAAAGAUGAGGGGAAAGAUGACAAAGUUUUAAAAAUGGUGAAAAAGGAAGCUUGGAGCAAUGCAUUGAAGAAAGCAGAGGGUAUCAAGAUAAGAGAUGACCCAGAGUUGUUGAAGAAAUCAAUAAGACGCAAGGAAGCUCAAAAGAGGUCAAGUGCUAAGAAGUGGGCGUCACGUGAAAGUACAAUCAAGAAAAAGAAGAAAGAAAAGGACGAGAAACGAGAAAGCAAUCUUCAAAACAGAAAAGACUCGAAAAAACAGAAGAAGAGAGCUGCUGCCAUCAAGAGAGGUCGUAUUGUGCCUGGGUUUUAAUUGACUCUUUGUCUCUGUUACCAUUAUCAUCUCAAGAUAAAUAUUGAACUUUCUUAAUUGGGAUUAGUCUUGUACAUAUUUCUGAAAAUAAAUUUCUUACUGUUAUUUAAGGUA